AUGCUGACAUCUCGCAGACUCUCCAUGCAGAACCUGAGUGAAGGGCUGGAAGGGGGCUUGGCUUGGAAGGCCAAGCCAGAAGAAGGAAAGUAUACUAAGCCACUAACCUUUGCUGACUGUAUUAGUGAUGAGCUGCCAUUAGGAUGGGAAGAAGCUUAUGAUCCUCAAGUUGGAGUUUAUUACAUAGACCAUAACACCAAAACCACACAGAUAGAAGACCCUCGUGUGCAAUGGCGGAGGGAGCAAGAACAUAUGCUGAAGGACUAUCUGGUCCUGGCCCAAGAGGCAAUUGCUGCUCAGAAGGAGAUCUACCAAGUGAAACAGCAAAGACUUGAAUUGGCCCAGCAAGAGUAUCAGCAACUUCAUGAAGUCUGGGAGCACAAGCUAGGUUCUCAGACAAGCUUGCUCUCUGGCUCAUCGUCUAGUUCUAAAUAUGACCCGGAGAUUCUUAAAGCUGAAAUUGCUACUACAAAAUCCAGGGUUAAUAAACUUAAGAGAGAGGUAGCUCACAUGAAGCAGGAACUACAGUACAAAGAGCAUGGCUUCCAAACACUUAAGAAAAUUGAUAUGAAAAUGUCAGAUACUCAAGGAGGAUACAAACUUGAUGAAGCACAAGCCAUUUUAAGUGAAAUGAAAGCUAUCAAGAAGUUAAUCAAUUCAGGGGAGAAGGAAAAGCAAGACCUCAUUCAGAGUUUAGCCAGGCUAAAGGAUGGCUUUGUGGCUGACGGAGGACAGCAUUCCGACCUAUGGACCAGCAGUACCUCCUUAGAGGGGUCCAGCCCUUUGCUACCUAGGCAGUAUCUGGAUGUAAGCUCACAGACGGAGGUUUCAGGAAAUUUUAUUACAAGUAGUAAUAAUCAGUUAGCUGAGAAGGUGAGAUUACGCCUCCGAUAUGAAGAAGCGAAGAGAAGAAUAGCAAACCUAAAAAUACAGCUGGCUAAACUGGAUAGCGAGGCCUGGCCAGGUGUAUUGGAUUCAGAACGGGACCGAUUAAUAUUAAUCAAUGAGAAGGAGGAACUCUUAAAAGAAUUGCGGUUUAUUAGCCCUAGAAAGUGGACUCGGGGUGAAGUGGAAAGACUGGAAAUGGAGAGAAAACGUCUGGAGGAAGACCUUCAGGCAGCAAGAGAUACUCAAAGCAAAGCCUUAACAGAGAGAUUGAAAUUGAAUAGCAAAAGAAAUCAUUUGGUUCGAGAACUGGAGGAAACAACAAGAUUGGUUGCAAUGUUACACACCCAGCUGAAGAGUCUCUCAACCAGCAUGCUUUCGCUCUCUUCAGGCAGCAGCCCUGGUUCUCUUGCAUCUAGUAGAGGAUCUCUUGCUACCUCUAGCCAGGAUUCUUCCACCUCAGCCAGUUUUACUGAUCUGUAUUAUGAGCAGUUGGAACAGCUGGACUCUGAGUAUCAAAACAAAGUGGACUUUUUACUUCUUGAGGGAGGCACUGGAUUUAGGCCUUCUGGCUACAUCACCACUAUUCAUGAGAACGAGGUAGCAAAAACUCACAAAACAGAUGCCACCAGUCGGAUCCAGGCAUUAAGAUCAUCCUUAUCUGGGACACCCAAAUCAAUGACAUCAUUGUCUCCAAGGUCAUCUUUGUCUUCCCCCUCUCCACCAUGCUCACCACUAGUAUUAGACCCACUUUUACCUGGAGAUAACUUUUUGAGCCAUAUGGACUUUGAAGAUACAGAAAUAAAUACAAGUUUUUCUGAACUCACUCUAAAUCCUGGCAGUAGUGGCUAUAAACUAGAAGAGCCUACAGCUGAGGACAAACAUCAUGGCCAAGGUGUUAAUACGGUUGGAGGGGCUGCACUGAAGGUGGCAUGCGUGUCAGCUGCCGUGUCUGAUGAAUCUGUUGCUGGAGACAGCGGGGUAUAUGAGGCAUCUGCACAAAGGGCAUGUGUUUCAGAAACGAUGGUGUUUGACAGUGAUGAUAUGGAAGCAGCUGGGACUGCCAAAGUGCAAAUUGCUAUGAAGUAUGAUGACAAAAAUAAACAAUUUGCAAUAUUAGUCAUCCAGCUGAGUAAUGUUCCUGCUCUGCUGUUGCAUCAAGAUCAGAAAGUGACUAUUCGUGUGGCUGUUCUUCCUUGCUCUGAAAGCACGAGCUGUUUGUUUCGCACAAGACCCAUGGACGUUUCCGACAAUGUUAUAUACAGUGAAAUAUUUUGGGUUUCAAUCUCUUACGCUGCUUUACGUCAGAAGACUUUAAGAGUUGAUGUUUGCACUGUAAAUAAGUCCCACCUCGAGGAGUGCCUGGGCGGAGCACAGAUUAGUCUUGCUGAGAUAUGUAGAUCGGGAGAGAAGUCAACACGUUGGUACAACCUUCUUAGUUAUAAAUAUCUACAAAAGCAAAGCGUAAAAAAUAAACAAGAGGACAUCUGUUCUGAAGAAUCCUGCGCUGAAAAAACAGACUCUGUAUCAGCUCUGCUGGAACGGACUGCUGUUGAACUGGAAGCGGUAGAGAAGAAGCUAGAAGAAAGCAGAAGCACUUUAACUAGUGGAGAGACUUGGCAAGAUGAAGAUGUUGCUGAGCAAGAAGAACAAGAUGGGAACAGUGAGAAUGAAGCAGAAGAGGAAGAAUUCUAUGCCGUAAAAGCACUCUGGGAUGCAGAAGAGAAUCCAGAAAUCCAGCUGCAUUCUGAGUUGACAGCAAUAAAGGUGGAUAAAGAGACUAAUACAGAGAGCCCUGCACAGUCUUCUACUGUAGUACGUCCAAAAGAUAAAAGAGGAGCUAAUCCACCACAAACACAGUUUAUUAGAGGUAGUACCAUCAUCCGCUCAAAAACAUUUUCUCCAGGACCACAGAGUCAGUAUGUGUGUCGGCUUAAUCGUAGUGAUAGUGAUAGUUCAACACUGUCCAAAAAACCACCCUUUGUGCGAAAUGCUAUGGAGAGACGGAGCGUCAGAAUGAAACGGCCUUCGGUUAAGUCCUUUGGUGCUGAGCGUCUAAUCCGCACUUCACUAGACCUAGAACUAGACCUGCAGGCUUCAAAGACCUGGCAUGAUCAGUUAGUGCAAGAGAUCUCUGUAUUGAAAGAGCUGAAGGAACAAUUGGAACAAGCUCAAAGUCAAGGUGAAAAAGAGCUGCCACAGUGGGUGAAAGAUGAUGAAAGAUUCCGGAUUUUGCUGAAACUGGUAGAGAAGCGGGCACAGAAAACAGAACAUAAGUGUGAGCUGAAAGCUGAUAAAAUGAUGAGAGCAGCAGCCAAGGAUGUACACAGGUUACGAGGACAAAGUCGGAAGGAGCCCCUGGAAGUCCAGUCAUUCAGAGCGAAAAUGGCAUUUUUCACCCGACCUAGGAUAAAUAUUCCAACUCUCUCUGCGGAUGAUGUUUAAUCACCAUAAAGUAUUUGUUUCCUCUGACCAUUCUACAAAUGCAGUUUGACUUUGCUGAAGUUAUUUAUGUGGUAUUAUGAAGGUACCCAGUCAUUUGUACAUUAGAGCAUUCAUCAGUUUAACAUCUAGAGAUUUUUAAUAUUGUUCUAUCAUUACAAAAACCAGCAUUAAAGUGACAAGAUUGUAUAGUUUGUAUAUUUAGGAAUGUAUUUUUGGGAAAUAGAAUUUUAAAUAGGAACAAAUGCAGCCUAAAGGGCUGUUUAUUCUUAAAUAAUGCUCUGUUUAGACUUUUUGUACAGAUCUUUUAGAGGUUUUACUGCAAUAAAAUAAAACUGAAGGAACCUCAGUCCUCUGGUCUAUGGAUAUAACGUAUCAAACUUCUCAGCUAAAUAUUUUGUACUAUGUAGAGAAUACAGGGAACCUUUUUUUUUUUUUAUUCUAAAGUGCUGUGAAAGAAUACUCUGUGAGCUGUGAAGCAUUUGCAUUAUCCUGCUAGGUCAUAAAAAUGGGUGUGGAGUUCAGAAUACUUGCACUUUUUAAUAUUUUUACUUCAGCUCAUGUUUGUAACGGAUCUGUUAACAUAAGUUUCAAAAGCCUAUUGAAACCACUGCUGUGGGAUGAGGGCUGCAGGGGAACAUAAGUCAAUUUUAGGUUUUCUUUUUUCUUUCCUUACCCCCUCCCCCAAUAAAGAGAUCUUUCUGGAUGAAC